UUCCAACGUCAGACUUGCCCUUUCACUGUGCCACACUGGCAAUUUAUCAGCCCAUGAUCGCCUCAUAACAAUCCCCCUGGACGACAGAGCGAGUGUUAGUUGAACGCCUUCGACUCCUGCGCUGCGAGUCACCAACGACUUGCGGCGUCCCGAACCAACCGUCAUGUCGACCACUACGGGAUCUUUCAUUGCGGGAGGCAUUGCGGCGUGCGGUGCUGUCACGGUUACCCACGGGUUCGAGACUGUCAAGAUCCGAUUACAACUUCAGGGGGAGCUGCAAUCGAAGAAAGAUGCACCGCGCCUCUACCGCGGAGUCUUCCAUGGCGUCGGGGUGAUUUUGAAGAAUGAGGGACCGCGAGGUCUGCUGCGGGGCCUAGGAUGCGCAUAUGUAUACCAAAUGACGCUCAACGGCUGUCGAUUGGGUUUCUAUGAGCCUGUGCGGAAGUCCGUCACGAAUGCCGUCUACAAAGACCCCACGGUCCAGUCCUUCGGCAUCAAUCUCUUCGCAGGCGCAACAUCCGGAAUCCUCGGGGCGGCGGCAGGUUCGCCGUUCUUCCUAGUGAAAACACGAUUGCAAUCCUUCUCUCCCUUUCUCCCAGUUGGCACACAGCAUCACUACAAAGGCGCAGUUGACGGUCUGCGCACAAUUUACCAGCGAGAGGGCGUCCGCGGUCUGUACCGCGGCGUCGGACCAGCAAUGAUUCGGACCGGAUUCGGCAGCUCGGUGCAGCUGCCAACCUAUUUCUUUGCAAAGCGUCGCUUGAUCAAGCACUUUGGAAUGGAGGAAGGCAUGCCAUUGCACAUUGCCAGCAGCACCGCUAGUGGCUUCGUCGUCUGCUGCGUCAUGCAUCCUCCUGACACCGUCAUGUCGCGCAUGUACAACCAGACGGGUAAUCUGUAUAGCUCGGCUUUUGACUGCUUGUACCGGACGGUGAAGACUGAGGGGUUGCUUGCGGUGUAUAAGGGUUAUUUUGCCCAUCUGGCUAGGAUCUUGCCACACACGAUCCUGACCCUCACCCUCGCGGAGCAGACGAACAAAAUCAUGAGAAGAGUCGAGGACCGAAUACUCCCGCCCGGAAUUAAGGCCAAAAUAUAACGCGUAGCCCUACUCACAGCCAAAUGGCCCGAUGAUUGAAUAUGGGUCGCGUCACUUAGACUUGUAUAUAUACCACACUUUUUUUUUUCUCGUUGUCUUCUGCUGCACUCCAUAGCGGGCCAAAAUUAGAUUUGAUGGGUGGGGUUUAGCGGGCUAGGGUUUAGAGGGUUGGUUUAUGGAUUGGACGGAGUAGGCCUGGAAAUGAUGGAUGCGUGUUACCGGUAACGGCUAGGUAGAUGUCGAUUUGCGGUGCGAAUGAGAAACAUACUCAUAAUAUCAGUAUUCUAUUUUCAGAACAGAAGGAACUACGG